AUGCAGUGGGCUGUAGCGGAUAUCACAACCAACAAGAUCAAUCUGUGGCCAUUUUAUGUGGUUCCGAAACUUAGGACAUGGAGCUCGGGGCAUUCCCAGGUGGUGAUAUUGGGGGAUGCAGCGCAUGCGAUUCCGCCUUCUGCGGGACAGGGAAUUAACCAGGCGUUUGAGGAUGUUUUUACGUAUGCUUUGAUUCUUGGACGGUCGGCUAAGGAGUCUCUGUCUCUUCAGCGGGCACUGAAGAUUUGGCAGGAGGGACGCCAGGAGCGGGUGGAUAAGGUGCUGGCGCUGAAUGCGCAAAUUGAUAAACGGAGGAUGCAGAGGAGCCGUUUGAUUUGGAAUGGCGUACAACCCGGAUUUUGUGGAAAUGGUGGACGGCUGGCUUUCAAGGAUGGAGGAGUGAUACUGAAUCAUUUUGCAUAG